UGUGGAAAAAAAUUGAUACACCCUUUGAAAAUCAUAUUCAUCAUGGCCCAGCGAAGAUCAAAGAUGUCAAAGAAAGAAUUCGAUGACCAGUUUGAGGCAUUCCUCAAGGAGUCAAUGUCAUCAGAGGAAUCAAUGGACUCAGCCCGAGUAUCCAAGUACUUGAAUCCAACGAGGAAAGAAAAGUCAUGGUGGAUGGAGCAAGAUGAUGAAGAUGAGGAGAACAUUGGACAAGGCCUGACGGCAAGUGGUAAAAGCUUUUUUAAAAAGAAAAAGCCUGAGCCGGAAACCAGUACCCCAAUCAGAGAGGACAAGACAACUUCGAUUCGAGAUAAAAAGCUGGACCUGGACAGUUCGGAUGAUGGCAAAAAAAUUGGUAGUCCGGCGGAAAGGCGUGCCAAAAACAAGAGAGAGUUGAAAGCUAAAGGUGUACGGGGAAAAACGGACAACUCCAUGAGCAAGGAUUCGCUAGAAGACAUAUCUGAGAAAUCUGAGGAGGAGAGUACGAAGCACAAUGACAGAAAGGGCUUCAGUGGAACAAGGAGUAGCCAUGAACACAGCUCAGGACAGGCAGGAAAAACAGGUAGGGCCACCAUACCAGGCAUGGAGACUUUGGAUGAAAUUGCGGAGAAAGAGAGAUUUUUCCAGGACCUAGAGAAUGCGGCGGGGGAAACACUUGACUAUAGUCGCAUGAACCGCGACCUUAGUCAAAGUGCUACCACAAUGUCACCAGAGGGCGCCGCUAAAGCUGCCGCGACACUUGCCGCAUUGGAGGACAUAGAACAGGAAGAAGAAGGGUCGAUUGUGCCACCAACCAAGUCUGAACCAAUCACUGAUCAGGAUCCAUCUGUCCAGAAACCAAGCAUGCUCUCUAAGGUGUCUUUAAUGGAUUCCAUGGAGUCGACUAUGAACACAACAGGUUCCCCCAAAGUCGGGGGCACCCUGCAGGAACCCCGCCGAUCAGAGGGCCUGGACGAUAUCGACGGACAAAUCAACGUCCAGCAGUCCACACCGGGGUCAUUCAAAACAGGCACAGGGGAGUUCAGUGCCAGGGUAUCAGGUUUUAUGGGAACUAACACAAGCAAUGAAAUCGAGGCUCUACACAAAGCCCUGAGGGAGGUGGGCCUGUCCCCCACCAUAAAGAACGACAGUCAGGGGCUGGACUCCUCCAUGGCCAACAACACAGACCUUUUGCAGAAAAUCCUCUCUACUGAACCAGAGAAGGGUAAACAGAGAACAGUGGAAGAAGUUCUUCAGGAAAUGGACAACAUAGAGAAACGGAACCGAAGUCAGACUAAUGACCCGGACGUCCAGCUGCUGUCUGACAAAAAGAAGACCCCUGCUGAUAGUGAGAGAAGGAUGGAGGACAUCCGAGGAUUUGGUUUGUCCCCCAUUCAACAAGAACAGCCCUCACCCCAAGGCUUUGAUCCCUCGCCCCGGGGAUUUGAUGAAUCUCACACCGAGGACACAGAAAUGUACCAACCUGUCACUCAAAUUUCAAAGGGUUCAAAGGUCAAGUCAAUAUCUGAAAGAGGAAGAACUAAGAAGAAGGAUUCUAAAGACAAAAACAAAAACAAAAAGAUGUCCCCUUCUUCCCCUGGUCGAAGUCUAUCUCCAAGGUCAUCACCCCGACGAUGGAUGUCUCCAAGGUCAAAUACCGCCAAACUUGACGAAAGGUCAAGGUCUCUCUCCCCGUCUAAGCAAGGUGCGACGCUUAGAAACAAAUACAGCCACAUCAAGAGCUCUGGGUAUGGACAGCAGUCCCCCGGGAGAACCCCAAGUAGAGAGAGGCCGUCAAGUGCCAAGGAGAGGGGAACCCUCAGAACUGAUCAUAGAGGGGCCCAGCAGGGGGACAGAAAUGGGGCUCAGGACAGGGCCAGGAAAAAGGAGAGAAAACCGAGAGAUGCCGGGAAACGCCAGGAACAGACAUGGUCUCCGGCAGACAUAGCACGGCAGAAAGUCAUGGGAACUGAGUCACCAAAACAGUCCCGGGGACACUUAGCCGGGCUCGACUCACAGCUGCGAGUCUCUAUCGAGUCAUUUGCAGCCUACAUUGCUGACCACUUCUCACCGACCAGAAAAAUGCCCAAGGCCAAAUACUCAGAGGAUGAGCCCUCUCUAGCAUCCAGCUGGAAGGGAGACAAAUCCGCAGAGGGUCUGCCUAAUGACCCCGAAGAACUCCAAAAAGUGGUGCUAUCAGAGAGAAGUAAAAAUCUGAAACUAAAAGAAGAAUUGGAAAGGUUUGUGAAGCUCCAGGGACAUGAGCUGGAAAAACUGAAAUUAAAAUACGAAGAGGAAAUCCACAAUCUCAAACAGGAAAACUAUGUCUUAUCUGCCAAGGUACCUGGAGACAAAGAGGAGUUAAAGAAGCAGUUGAUGAAUGGUGCUGCCAAUGGAAUCAGCUCCCAGCAGAUAGAAAGCCUGAAGAAAGAACUAGAGGAACAGGAGAAUCUGAUAGCCGGGUACCAACAGGAGAACCAGCGAUUGUACGACCAGGUCAAGGCCCUUCAGAAGAAGGCCAAGGUCACAGAGGAGAGGAUGUUCACCGAAAACCAGAGACUGCAGACCGAGCUCACAAACAUAAGAGCAAAGACAGAUGUAAGUGAUGGAGAGACUGUCAUGUCCAGAACCAGGGCAGUGGUGGCGGACAGAGAGAGUGUGGACGUGAAUGCAGCCCUGGGGGUGGGGCAGAUAGCAGAGUUAGAGGCUGAACUCAGGGAACACCAGAGACGAGAAGUAACAAUGAAGCGAGAGUUGGAGAUUGCUCAGAGAACGAAGAUAGAGAUGGAUCAACAAAUGGAUAAACUGAUUAAAGAGAGACAACUCCUACAUGACAAACUUGACAAGGCCUCGUACCCAGAGGAUGUCCGACAAUUGGAGGACAAAUAUAAAGAAGAAAUAGAUCGCCUGAGUCGGAAAUUAAAGUGGUACGCGGAGAACCAGAAACUUCUGGACCAAGACGCCAAGAAACUUAAAUGCAGAGACGAGGAGAUCGCCAAGUUAAAGUCCAGGAUACAAGACUUCCAGACAGAGACUGGAAAAAGGUUGGAAGAAAACAAAAUGAGAAGUACAGAGAGAGCUAAAGAUGCCAAGAAGAUUCAGGAUCUACAGAGACAAGUUAAAGAAAUGGAGGCAAUAAUGAAGAGACGUCAUCCCAAUUCUCUGCCGUCGUUGAUGAUGACGGCAGCAGUGAUCCCCGGGGAACCAGAGAAAUCCCCACUAGUCACGGUGCUGGAGGGGCGUGUCCGUAAACUAGAGCAGGAACUGGAGAGCAAGGAGAAGGAGGAAGAUAAGAUGUUACGAGCCGUGGAGCAGAAGUACAACAACAUCAAGCUGAAGUUCGAGGAGAGAAUCCAUGACUUGGAGACGCAGCUGGCUGCUUACCAGCGGCCAGACGACCAGAACCUGAAAUCUUACGAACACCCCCACACGCACACAGUGGCUCUACAACAGGAGCUAGACGCCACCAGAGACCGCUACAAGAAACAGGUGGCCGAUCUAGAGGAGCAGGUGUCUCAACUCAACUCACAGCUCCAACAGGCUCACAGAAUUCAGGAAGGACCUAUGAGCGAGGUUCAGGCGUCAAAGGAGAAGGAGGUAGAACUGAGCAGUAAGCUUCAGCUUCUACAGUUAGAGUUGAACAGCCGGAACCAUGACCUCCAGGUCUUACACAAGUCCCUAGAGAGACUCCGAAAGGAAAAACAGAACACUCUGGUCAACAGUCUGUCUCAAGACAAGAAAAAGAAGAAAAAUAAAGAGGGUGUGGAUGCAGAGAAACUCUUAGAAAUUCCAGAGAGUGUUAGGAAGGAACCUUGUGAUCACGAGGAUGAGAUUUGUAGACUUGUCCAGGAAAACGAAGGCCUUCGGGCAAAGAUGGAUGAGCUACAGCUUGAAGCUGAGCACAGCAGAUUGAAAGUACACAAAGUUCAGGCUGAACAUGAGGCUUAUGUUCGCAGGAGUCGGGAAAACUAUGAAGAAAAGAUUGAGGCCCUGUGUCAAUCCCAUCAGAAAGAACUGCAGCAGAUGUUGGCUGAGCAAGCUUUGGAGCAUUCAGCCUCUAAAACAGCCCACCUCUACAGCAAAGUCAAUGCUCAAGAAGUGAUGAUUCAACACCUGAGAACACAGCUGACAGAAGCUCAGGAGGAGCUGGAACAGAUGUCUAUACUGAAGAUAAAGGAGGCUGCUCAUCUCACCCAGAUAGAAAAACUACAGCAGGAACUCAGAGAGGCCAAAAAACACCACUCACCGGGCAUGAAACAUUUUGAGCAAAUUAAAGACAAGAUCCUCAGCAUUGAAAAUAAGCAUAAAAACAGAGAGAAAGAACUCCAGCAAGUGAUACAAAAUUCAAAGGACUCUCACACUAAAGAACUAGAACAACAGACCGCCAAGUGGAAACAGGUUGUGGAAGUUAAGAACAAGGAGAUCCAGAAGUUCCGUGUGGAGCUGGACGCCAUAUUGGAUGUACUCAGACUGUUACAGAAACAGGGAGUGGUUCUCCCAGUCCGGACAAGUCACACAUACUCCUAGCAGGAGUGUAGUCAUUGUCUAUGACUAUUGUAUUCAGUGUCCACUGUCUAGGAUUAGUCACAUGUGUUAUGUAACAGGAGAGUUCUGAUCUGACUGUGAGCAUUAGUAUGAUGUUAACUGAGUGCUUACCAUCAAGGAUUAUUGCGUCCACUCAGAAUCUGACACAAGUCAUGCCCUGUGCAUUAUUAGUUCGCUAGUCUGUGAUAUAAGAUAACAUGUAUUAUAUAUUAUAGAGAUCUGUCUACAGAUCACAGAAGAUAAUAGACUUAAGUCUUAGUUUCAGUCAUUCACAAAAUGUUUGUUUGCCAUAAAUAUGAAAUAAAUGCUAAAGGUAUAA